AUGAAAGUUGUAGGCUUGGUAUCAGGUGGGAAAGACAGCUGUUUGAAUUUACUCAGAUGUAUCGAGUUUGGACAUGAAAUAACGUGCAUUGCAAAUCUUUAUCCACCGUUAGAUGGCAGGGAGGAAAUUGACAGUUAUAUGUAUCAGAGUGUAGCACAAACUGGCUUACAGCUCUAUAGUGAAGCAUGUGAUCUUCCGCUCUACCGACAUGAGAUACGGGGAAAACCGAUUGAAGUAGGAGCAUUGUACAAAGAAACUGUUGAUGAUGAGGUAGAGGAUCUGUAUGAGUUACUUUCGCACAUCAAGCAAAAGCAUCCUGAUGUUCAAGCUGUGUCAAGCGGUGCUAUUCUCAGUAAUUACCAAAAAAACCGCGUUGAGAAUGUGUGCCAAAGAUUGGAUCUGAAACCACUUACAUAUCUGUGGAAUGCCGACCAAAUUGCUUUGUUUCAUGAAAUCAUCUCUUCUGGUAUUGAAGCAGUUAUUGUUAAAGUAGCAACACUAGGUCUUUCCACUGAACACUUGGGAAAAACCUUAAUUGAAGUAAAGGAUAUCCUGCUGAAUUUGAAUGAUCGAUAUGGCGUCCAUGUAUGUGGAGAAGGAGGUGAAUAUGAAACGUUUGUGUUAGACUGCCCAUUGUUUAAGAAGCGUAUAGUUUUAGAUGAGACAAAAAUUGUUGCACAUAGCGUAAAUAAUGUUGUUCAGACUGCUUAUCUUUCUUUGCGUAAAAUGCAUCUCGAAAAUAAGUAUCAAACAAAUAAUUUGUCAGAGUAG